CCGAGAGAGGGAGGUGGGCGGGAUCGUUGCCCAUGAUGGCGGUGUCACUCAGCUGCAUGUGUCGCCGGUCGGUGCGGCAUCUCUGCGGGAAAAUCCUGCGGGAUCGGCCCGGGACCGCCCGCAAAAAACCGGCGCUGCAAAGUUAUGAGGUAACGUGCCACCCGUGGCCGGCGUGCCGGCCGCUGUCGACGGAGAAAGGCGGCGGGCCGGGGACCGGCGGUCUGGCUCAGGCCAUCCUGCAGGAGAAGCUGCAGCAGCAGCAGCAGCGGGAGCGGGGCAAGGAGGAGGCGGGCGGCGGCGGCGGCGGCGGCAGCAGCGGCGGCGAUGCCGGCACCGAGCAGGAGCAGAAACAGAAGCAAAACGCGGCCUACGCCAAGAGAAUGGUGCUGAGGCUGGCGGGGCUGCUGGGCGCCGGCAGCGCCCUCGGGGUGGUCUACGUCUUCGGUAGUAAUUCAAUGGAUGAAGCUGGAAAUAAGAUUCCGGAUGAAUUUGAUAAUGAUCCUCCUGUAGUACAGCAGUUACGAAGAACGUAUCGCUACUUCAAAGAUUACAGACAGAUGAUAAUUGAGCCCACCAGUCAGAAGCUGCUGCCAGACCCCCUUAAAGAGCCAUAUUACCAGCCACCGUAUACUGUUGUGUUAGAACUAACAGAUGUGUUACUGCACCCAGAAUGGUCGUUAGUCACAGGCUGGCGGUUUAAGAAGAGGCCAGGUAUAGACUACCUUUUCCAGCAAUUGGCUCCACUGUAUGAAAUUGUUAUCUUCACCACAGAAACAGGAAUGACAGCAUAUCCACUCAUUGACAGUGUGGAUCCACAUGGAUUCAUCAUGUACCGUUUGUUCAGGGAUGCAACACGCUAUAUGGAAGGCCACCAUGUGAAGGAUGUGUCUUGCCUGAACAGGGAUCCUUCCAAAGUUAUUAUUGUAGAUUGUAAAAAAGAAGCUUUCCGUCUCCAGCCUUUCAACGGCAUUGCACUAAAGAAAUGGGAUGGAAAUUCUGAUGACCGAACCCUAUAUGAACUUGCAGCAUUCCUGAAAACAAUUGCAAUGAGUGGAGUUGAAGAUAUCAGAUCUGUACUGGAGAACUAUGCUCUCGAAGAUGAUCCAAUUGAAGCAUUUAAAAAAAGGCAAGAACUUCUAGCACAGGAAGAAAAACAGCGAAUAUCUGAGCUAUCACAGCAGAAGUCAUCUACUCUCUCCCUUGGAUCCUUGACAAGCAGACUAUGGCAUCGGUCCAAACCACAGUAACACAAGCCUAAUUUCCAGGCCCACCCUCUUGUCUUAGGGAGUUACCUAGAGAAGCCUGGCACAUCGCUCCAAGCUGGAGUGAUCAAUGGCGUCUUCACCCUGGGUUGUGCAUAUAGUGAAAGCUAUUACCAGAUGCGGUCCAGUUAAUUUCAUACUAUCCAAUGCCUUUAGUUGGCAGGGUUAGAUAUGAAAGAUAGCACAGAGAUGGAACACUGAUAAUUAUUUUCCAUUACAUGCCUUGAUAUUGGCUACCAUUUUGGAUGUACCAACGUAAUUUGAAUGCAAUGGAAAAGUCAGAUUUAAUCUUAUGUCAUUGCUUUGUUUCACAUUUUAGUUAAGUGAAGAAAUAAUCAUUCUUUUUUCCCCCAAGUUUCAGUUUUUUUUUUAACAUGCCAACAGUUAAAUCGUGGUAAAGUUACUCUGGGAUUGGGAACAGGGAAAUCCGAUUGUCUUAUCAUUGUGACUGUACUCUACCAAGUAUUAAAUCUGCACACGGGUUUUUAGACUGUGCCUACAAAAUGGCAUCCACCAAAAUUUAUUUUUUCUUUUGCUUUUUGUACAAUCAAUACAGGUUUGUGUCUCGAGCAUUCUGUGAAUGAUGUGCAUAUGAAACAGAGUGUGGUCAGUGAAAUGUUUAAUAAAAUUAUGAAAGCAAAAAUGGGGAAUUUAAAUUCCACAUAAAUUUCACUGUAGUCACAACAACGCUAACAUGUCUAUGUGGUACCUGUCCUAUACUCAUAGCAGCAGUGUGGCUUUGAACAGUCCUAAUCUUGUUGUGUUGAACAAUUUUAUUGCGCGUACUGCCUAAGUUUGUUUAUACUGAACAAUGUUUAGCAUGUGCUGCAUAGAGUAAGUGAAAUCUGUUUAAGGAAUUUUCUGUGUUUUGUUUUGGACAUAAGUUUAAAGGAAUAUUCCACCUUGUGCCCACCCCACCUCCCCUCUUUUGUCCAUCUUUCACUGCUCUGUUUUCUCCCCCUAUAUAUUGGGCUUCCUCUUUUCCUAUCUUCAGUCCUGAAGAAGGCUCCUGACCCGAAAUGUUGACUGUCUGCUUUUCUCCAUGGAUGCUGCCUGGCCUGCUGAGUUCCUCCAGCAUCAUAGUGUUUUUCAUCUAGAUUCCAGGAUCUGCAGUCCUUUUGUUCCUUUAAAGGAAUAUUCUUAAUUUCAUCGAUCCCUUGCAAACUGUUCAGCUUGAAAUUCCCUUCUUACCCCUAUUCAGAAUUCUGAAUAUCACAUACCUGUGAUUAUCAGUAAGGAAAGCAAGACAGCCACUUAAGUUUCUGAUGGGAUUGUUGAUUGAGUCAUAGAGAGAUCCAGCACAGAAACGAGCCCUUUGGCCGACUGGGUUCGUGCUGAUCAUCAACUGCUACGCUAAUCCUGCAUUAAUCGACAUGCACUUUGAAUAAAAAGUGCUUGUUUGAAGAAACAAACAAAACAAUUUGGAGUAAGUAGAAGGAAGCAAAAUUUGCCUUGCUAUUUUUAAUAUUUUUAAACAUUAAAAGAAAUUUGUUUCCUCUGAUCAGAU